AUGCGGUUUCCCACUUCCUAUGAAUUGUGGAGGGAUUUGUAUGUUCUGCAAGUCGAGGGAAAGUUGAAUGGAUUGUAUUUUGCAGCUCGAUGCUAUCUUAAAUUGAUAAUGGGUCAAGUGGAAGCCGUAAUUUUGGGUGGCAAAUCUAGGCGGGCUCAGCAAAGUGAACAACUUUGGAUAAAUGGCUCUUUGAGUUACGAUUCAUCUAAGAGAACUACGGACAUUCAGUUUUCAAAAUAUAAUUGGAACUGCUAUUCAUAUGACGAUAGUCGUAAUCCCUUUUGCCAUAGGAACAUAUCGUCGGUUGCGGUGUUUUCUAUUCCUGCCAAUGCCUUAAAGAACAACUGCAGAUAUAUAUUUCGCUUGCAAGUAACUAGAGAUGACAAUCCAACUAUUUCAUCGCGAAAAGUGCAAGUGGUUACAGUGAUCAAGAAUAAAACCCUACAAGUAACGAUUGAAUGCGUGAGAAAUUGUCAAAAGGAUUACUUUAUUCCGAAUGCAGAGGUUCAUCUGUUUGCAAGAUGCUUAAAUUGUGGAAAUCAAAAUGUAGUGUGCAAAUGGUAUAUUGAUGGUCAGUUUGUGGUAGCUAACCAUGAUUUUUUAAUCCAUAUACGAACGUCAUCGAAUGCAACGCGGAUUAGAGUUCUUCUGUCAUCGGAUGAUGGCCGAACCGGCCGGAAAAGUAAAACCCUGAUUAAAAACUUAGGUCCCACUGGCGGAAAAUGUUCGAUUUAUCCAAAAGAAGGUAACGAGGCGGUCACCGCAUUUUUUCCUUGCUGUCAAAACUUUGUAUCGUCGAACAAUCCCAUCGAAUUUUGGUAUUUCGUCGGCCCAGUUCUUAUCGGUACUUGUGUCGACUGCACCUGUGAGGUUUUCCUACCUAUCACUAAUAUCAUAAAAGUGGUUAUAUGUGAUGCAUUAUAUGCAUGCCACACCAGUUGGAUAAAUGUUAAGAUCAAUGCACUAAAGAAUGUUCCCUUGGAUGUCCCAAACCUACUUGCUAAAGGACUUCUUCAUCGGUAUUUGCAAAACGUGCAAUCUAUAACUCAGCAUAUAAGUAAACCGGAAUCUGGAAUGAUUAUUCUAAAGAAUUUUACAACCAUUCAUCCCCAAUCGCGAAGUUCCCUUGCAAGAUUGGCUAACCUUACCCUAACAUUAGCACACCGUUUAUAUCCCGAAGGUCAAAAGAAGGAUACUUUACUAACCAUGGUGGUUCAGAAAAUGAAUGAUAAUUUCGAGGCAAUAUACCUGGAUGAUGAUGUAAACUUUCUGGCGGAACCACCUUUUCGCAGCAUUAGAUUAGCUUGCUUAGAAGUUUAUGAAGUAAUGAAAAGGUUGUGCAAGAGGACUCCACGUCCACCAUGGCCAAUUUAUAACAAAUACUAUCAGGCGUAUACAACGGAUAAAUUGGAUCAGACUCUUCUUGAAAAAUUGGUGGCAAAAACCGAGAAAAACGAAAAAAUCGUUGUUCCAUGGGCUUUCUGGCUAAACUCCACUUGGGAAACGGAGCGUCUAUAUCGCCACUUAAAUUAUUCUCGCGGUAAUAUUUACCGCUCAGGUGUUGGUGAAAAAAGAAAGAUAACGCCAAGCAAAGUUACGCUGAACGUUCAAUGUUUUAAAACUUUUCCGAAAAAAAAGAUUCGAGUGCAUACAAGCGAUAAGAUUCACUUGGUUAUUAUAACUCCAGCCGUUUUUAAGGAUAUUCUGGGAACGAAUAAGGGAAGAGUCUGUCUUAAAGUGGUAUCCAUUAUACAGCAACUGCAUUGGUGGUAUCCACUGGAAAAGAAGCCCAGUUCUUUGAUAGUUUCUGUGCGCAUUUACCAAAAUGAAGAUAACUUGCCUGUUCCGAUCUCCCUAAAUCACAGUCAUAUUAAAUACAAGACUAUAAAUACAUAUAACAAGGAUACUUUCUUUAAGAGUAACAUAACCUCUGCAAGAUCGGAUAAUAAUCGAAAAGCAGGGAUAUACGUCGAUUGCACGAGAGAAGGAAAACUUCAAACAUUUCGGACAGUUCGUAUAUACCGCAUAAUGCUGAUGGAGCACACAAUGCUGGCUGUCCACUUCACCAAAGCCACUCACAAACUUCAGGUUGUCCUGACACUGAGAAACAAGCCUUUGUUUCGUCAGAUUUCCAGGUCCAAGUGCACGGUGCCGGCGAAGACCAAGGGUAAGACCCUUCUUCUGCUGAAUAACUGCCAUAAUGCCCAACGGGCUUAUAUGGCAGUGCGGAUUUGCUCGAACGUUACGAUAAGGAAUAGCCCAAAAACUCCGGUCAAAAAUGGACCUGCUGAAUUCACGUUCGCAUUUCAAAUUCGCAGCUGCGACCAUUGGUCAUACGACUCUCGUCCGGAUAAACAACAUUGGCUGCAAUACGGAUGCUAUCCGGCGAUGACCCUCAGUGUGAAGUCGGGAAUCCGUUGCAUUUGCGAUGUCCUGGGCACAUAUACCAACUAUCUGUAUUAUAUUCCCAGUAUUGAGGUUCCAGGCUGUGUUUAUAGCGAAGCACAACUUAAUUACUUCGUUCUUGUAUUUUAUUCUAUUAUCUUUUUGUUGAUACCACUUUGGAUAAUAUGGUUGUAUUUCUACCGCAAUCGUUUCCCUAGUAAGACCAUUUUUAUUCCGGAAUUCGAAAGGAAAGACAAAUCUACGGGGGAGCUACAUGAUUUGCUAAUCUCGUUGAGAACAGGAGGUCGUUUGAAUUCCGGAACCACAGCUUCCCUGAAACUGGUACUUUUUGGCCCAUCGGAUGAUGAGCGGGUAAUCAGAGUUAAACAGGAUCCUGAGCAUCCUUUUCUCAACGCCAAUAGCACACUGUUUCUUUGGAUACGAACUCGAGAUAUCCGUAUACCUACUAAAGUUAUCGUUUCACACGACAACGCUGGUCGUUUUCCCAGUUGGUUUCUCCGUCGCAUCGAGGUGAACGAUAUCCAGACCUUCGAAACGCAGGUUUUCCUCGCCCGGCAAUUUGUGGCCAAAAGGAAGCUAUUACUAACAUCAGCCCUGAUUUACAAACGUGGCGAUGUGCGUUUCUUUGACAAAUGGAGAAAGAGAUUUUGCUUGAACUUUGAGAUGCUCUGGAUCAAUUGGUCACUGUGGCAACCGGUCACCGGAAAUUGGAGGGAAACCAGUCAAUUUCCACGAAUAACCCGAGCCAAAAGAUUUUGCGUGUUCAUCAGUAAGCAAUUUGUUAUCUAUACAACCUGUGCCACGUAUUUCGGCCUCACAACGACCGAAAGUUUACAAUUAUUCCGAGACAAGUUUCUGGAUUACAAAGACCUGCUGGUACUAACCAUUUUUUGCUGUGUUUUGGAUAUUAUCUUUCAAGUGAUGUUUCGCACCAUCUACUGGAAAUGCAGUUAA